UACCCCUGAUGAAACACAUUCACACUCCGACACUAAGGUCGGCUGUCAUGAACUCAGCUUUUGGAAGUCUGGGACAACGCUUGGUUGAUCGGGAAUGCCCGGCGAUAAUGGUCAUCUGUUCUUCACUUGCUUUUCAUUCCCUGUUUUGACUCUUUCGCGAUGUUUCCGUUUCCGUUUCCGUUUCCAUUUCCUCUUCCUCCCUUCGAUCUUGAGAAGGGCAAAACACGAGGUGUAUUUACGCAUAUCCGGUCUUCAUUGGGCACAGGGCACAAACACAACCCCAGGAGAGGUGGCAUCCGGCGCAAGGAUUAGGAAGAUACCCCAAAAGUCUGGCUUCUGUGGUCUGGUUUGAGUUUUUUUCUUUUCGUUUUUAGUUGCUGUCGAUGGAGGUUUGGGCUGCUGACCUGGAAUUCGUUGGUGGACUGGUACUGAGCAGGAGGAUCAUGCGGCACUGGUUGUG